GCAUUUCAAAAGCCUUCUCUUACAGAUGGGCUCCAGAUUCUCCCUCUCUGGUCAACAGGCAUUUCCAACAUGGUCCUUCUAAUUUCUUUCCUGAUCGGGAUGCAGGUACUGGGCUCCUUGGCUGGCCUUCCGCCACUACAUCCAGAACGGCCACCAUCACCUCUUCCAUUCCUUUCCCCACCAUGUAAUUCUUCUCAAGUAAAGGCCGCUGCCGAGAUGGCCCUCAACGAGAUCAACGCCCAUCGAAGAGAGGGCUACGUGUUUCGUCUCCAGCGAAUCUUCGACAUCCGUGAACUUCCACAGCAGCCCGGUGGUCCUCUCUUCUAUCUCACCUUGGAUGUGCUGGAAACUGACUGCCACGUCCUGAGCAGGAAAUUGCCGAAAGAUUGCGCCUUUAGAAACCCACAUGAGGCAGUCUAUGGGCAGUGCAAAGCCACGUUCCGGAUCAGCAGGAAUUUGGAGCAGAGUUUUCUGUACAACUACGACUGCAUUUUACGCCCACUUUCUCCUGUAAGCAUUACAAGGCUAUGCCCUGACUGCCCCGUUCUCGGUGACCCAACUGAAACCAGGUUUCAAGAGGCAGCUGCCGAAAGCCUUGCCAAGUUCAAUGCAGUAAGCAACCAUCGGCAUUAUUUCGCCAUCCUCAAUGUCACCAGAGCACGUUCACAGUGGGUCGUUGGUCCUCAAAGCUUGGUGGAAUUUACUCUCCAGGAGACCUCCUGUCCCAAAAACAAGUCUGUGCCUGAUCUCUCCAAAUGCCCACUCCUCCCACCUAAAACCGCAGAGACAGGUCUAUGCAGAGGGUCCGUGGUAGACAGUCAGAUUGAACAUCGGAAGUUUGUCAAUAUAAAAUGUGAUUUCUUCGGCCCAUGGGCAACUGACAUCACUGAGAAUUCACAUUCUGGACCUGAACCUGGGCAGGAUAGAGACCACCAAGAUGGGGAAAGCCAUGAAGAUGAUCGUGGCCAUCACCAAAGAGGGAAGGGACGACACCGUCACCAUCACCACCCCCACCAUCAGCACAAACAUCAUAACAAACAUCAUGGCAAUCAGUCAUAUGAGCAUGAAGGAUCACAGCGUCAGCAUCCUGACACCUCUCAAACCUUACCAGAGCUGGAAAAAACAGUGGGCCAAGUGACCAUUCUUCCUCCAUCGAAUACUCAUGUAUCACUCCACUCCUUACCCCAAAUUGGAGGAGAACAAUUGCAUGGGAAACCCGUUCGCCCUCAAGUGCAGGAGCCGAGCACCAACCCCAUUCUGGCAGGGGGCAGGCCAGUGGGGAGACCAAGCUUGACCACACCAGCUAGGCCAAGUAUUCCUCCAUUCCCUACUGGGUUUUCAGAAUCAGAUACCUGUCCAGGAGAGAGCUCAAUACAUAUCCUCGGCCUUGAGUUGCCCAAUAGGCCUGGCGUAAAAUCACCUUCUCAAACUGAGUAAUGGAGAACUCUGAGAGGCUAGUCAAUAUGAGGCACAACAUCGCCUCUGCAUGAGGGAGGCUUUUAGAAAAGGAAAGAUAGGCCAGAGGCCAAAUGCUGAGAGAUGCUUCUUCCCCCUUCCAAAACAAUUUCACGACAGCUAAAGCGCUCUUUCCUCCUUCUUUUUCCUCAUUGACUUGUUCAUCCCAGAUAUAUACUUUGUGAUGUGAGAAUAACAACUAUUUUUCUGUGCUGGAAAUAAUUUUACAAAAUACUUAAUAAAAGAGCAAUGUGA